AUGGACGACGCGGCAGAUGGCCAGGAUGGCGAAUCGGCCGAUCUGGCCACCAAGCUAGGGUUUCCGAUCGUUGACAUCGUACCUGAUGGAGACAUCUUGCUGGAUGUCACCUUUGAAACGUCCAAGGAGACCCUGAAAGCGGCGAGGAAGGCGGCAAAACCGAGACCCGGACAAAAGGUGACUCCGCCGGUCUUCAAGGCCAGGAACCGAGUCGGGUACAGAGUGCAACUCUCUGCUCUGAAGCAGAACUCAAAGUAUUUUGACAACCUGCUCAGCGAUACGAGGUUCGCUGAGGCCAGGUCGAUAGAGGAAAGCUUCCAGAGGCUCUCGCUCAAGAAUGUGAAACCGUCCGAGGCAGACGCCGGCGAUCUUCCCCUGGUGAAAAUCCACGAGGAUGACGAGGCAACCCGGUCGGCCGGUCAUAACUCGGUCUUUGAAGACCUCUUGCGGAUUCUGCAUAGAAAACAGUCUACCGCGAAAGCCGUGACGAUGCAGCAUUUGGCCGUGCUAGCCCUGCUUGCUGACCGGUUUAACUGUAUCGCCAUCGUAUCCAGGUAUCUAAACGCCUUGAAGUACAAAUGGCCCGCUACGCAGACCCGGGUAUCCCGAGACGACGGUCCUACCUUGUCCAGGGCAACCGAAGAAACUCUCCGUCAGAAGAUCUUGGUUGCCUGGCUGCUCGACCAACCUCCCAAGCUGCAAGUUGCCACCCGCGAGCUCAUCAUGUAUGGUUCACGAAGAUGGAGUGAGUACUUGGACGAGGAGCAAGAGGAAAGCUACGCCGCAGCAUGGUGGGAUUUACCCGACGACCUUGAGCAAGAACUCCACCACCGCCGCGAACGCAUCCUCACCACCAUCGCCUCCAUCCAAACCCACUUCCUCGGACUCUACACCUCGCGCACACGCCAGUGCAAGCUGGGCUACGACUCCUCGGCAAGCUGCGACUCCUACCAACUCGGCGAGAUGAUCAAAUUCCUGUGCUCGCGCAACCUGCUCUUCCUAACCUCCUUCACCCCCUCCCCCUUCCUAUCCCCUUCUAUCUCAUCCUCCACCCUUCCAGAGACCCCUGACAUCAGCACCACCGACAUCGGCUCCAUCCUCGCCACCCUCAAGCAAUGCCCGGCCUACCAGAUCGACAAGAACCACACGCACUGUGGCCUGCGGGCGCGCGCCCUCCCCGCCGUCGAGUACGUGCAGGCGAUGCUGGCAUCAGGGGCUGUGGCCAUUGCGCGGCCGGCGUGGGUGCGCGAUCGGGAAGGGGCCGCGUGGCGGUCCUCUCUAGGCGUGGAGGGGGGCCACGAUGGGGAUGGGAAGAGGGAAAGGAAGGUGUUUCGGUUUACGAGGGGGUUGGCGACGGAUCAAAGGCUGAGGAUGGAGGGGGCUAUGGCGGUGGAUCGGUCGGCGAGAGCGCUGUUUACAGCGGAUGAGUGGGAUUGGUCGACGGAGGAUAGGGAUGAGACGAGGGGGGUGGAGUUUGGACGAUGGCCGGCUGCCAGGUGA